CAGUGUGUUACAGCAAGGUGAGAAAGUUUUGCGCGCCGCUCUCAGGCAGCAGUCGUCCAGUUGCAGCCGCCGACUGCACUUGCAACUCCACUUUUUUAUGGAUUUGUGACACACGCCACACUUUCCGCGCCGUCCUCCGUCUAGUAGCUUGUGAUAAAUCACCUCGUGCACAUUCACCGCAAGGACAUGACACACUUGUUUUCUUCGGCCGGCGCACGCCUCGCCCUGGUGGAACAGGAGGACUCCUCCGCCGAUCAAAUCCUCUUUGGCAAGAACAACAACCACGGACAAUGCUACUCGCAGUGUACCGCCAGGAGGAUCGCCAAGAACAAGGAGGAGAACGGUGUGACCGAGAAGGAGGCGGAGGCACUGGGUGAGAAGAGUCCAUCUGAGAAGGAAGCGUCGGCCGCCGACUACAGCAACUUUAUCCUUACCUACGAUGAAGCGCCAGGAUACCUCAAAUUCAACCCAUACAUCCGCUCUGGAUACAGAGGCUUCCUUACAACCAAAAUGUGCAUUGAGAGCAUAUUCUGGUGGACCAACGAGACAGUCAACAUCUGGAGCCACAUUUUCGGCUGGAUGCUCUUCCUCGGGCUCACCUUGUACGACCUGAUGCUGCUCAACAUACACGCGUCGGCCCUUGACAAGAUGAUCGUCGGCCUUCUCCUUCUUUGUUUCCAGGCUUGCAUGAUUCUCUCCAGCGCUUACCACACCUUCUCGUGUAAGUCGGAAAAAGCCUACAGCUGCUUCUUGACGUAUGACCUGUGUGGAAUCGCGCUCAGCAUCCUUGCAAUUUACAUGUCUGGUGUCUACUACGCCUUCUGGUGCUACUCAGAAUGGCAGCAGUUUUAUUUGCUCACGGUCUGCCUGAUCUUCGCGCUGGCGAUGGCCCUGCAGUACCCUGCAUUCCAGGUGGACUCUCACACCAAAAUGCUCGUGUUCGUCGGCUGGGCGGCAUACGGCGUUGUGCCCACCAUCCACUGGGUGAUCAUGAUGGGCGGCUGGCAGAACCCGAUCGUCGUGCUGCUGCUGCCAAGAGUGCUCGGAAUGUACGCAAUAGUCAGCCUGGCUUUCGCCAUUUACAUCACCAGGAUACCCGAGAGAUUUGUGCCAGGUUGGGUAGAUUACGUCGGUUCGUCGCACCAAUGGUGGCAUGUGAUAAUUGUGGGUGCCUUUUAUUACUGGCACAACACGGGCAUCAAGUACGUCGAGUACCGCAUGAAUCACGGCUGUGCUAAUGACCUCAGAUUUUAAAUUGUGACAAACAAUCACGCAAGCACGCACACGCAGAAUUGGUCGAUUUGAUACAAUCGCCUAGUUUUCGACGCACGAGCGCAUCCCAGUGUGUUUUUACUUCUUUAUUGUUGAGAGAAUCGGCGUCGGGAGGUCGUCGGUCGAGUGCUGGUUCAUGCACACCGCGCCCACCCCCGCAAGGUUCGUGUCCACGGAUUUUAAAGACGACUCACACUCUCACUGUGACAUAGUUUUGUAAGCAUUAAGUGCCAACGCUACCUUCAUUUUAUUGCUGUUAUUGCAGACACAUAUUUUUUGUUAAAUAAGAAUAAUAAAUUUUAAAAAGACAUACACAUUAAA